AUGAUGCUCUCCAGAUCGAGUGCUCGAGUGCCCUGUCGAGCAUCAAGACUUCAACCUAGUCCAUGUGUCCGCGUGUCCGUCGGCAGUCGAUUCCACACGCACUUGGUCACCUCUCGAUUCGGUCGAUCAACAAGACAAGCCACCGCCGCGACCACCCAGCAAAGUUGGGUUUGCAAUGCCUCUUCCCUUGACCGUGUGCAAACGGCGUCGAGGGUUCCAACAUUUACAUCCACGAGACACGAGCGGUAUUCCACGUCCACGGUGCCGGCACCUGCCGACGCGACCGGCCAGAACCCCAUCAAUCCUGCGACACACUAUAUCCCCCCGCAGACCGGCCUGAUCGCCUCGCUACCCAAGUCGUGGAUCCCAUAUGCCGAAUUGAUCCGCCUGGAUAAACCGACAGGCACCUACUAUCUUUUCUUCCCAACCCUUUUCUCCACUCUGCUGGCGGCUCCAAUGGCAGCGGAGGCCAUCACCCCGCUACAAGUACUGGGCACAUCGGGUCUGUUCUUUGCUGGAGCUCUCAUCAUGCGCGGUGCAGGAUGCGCCAUCAAUGAUCUCUGGGAUCGAAAUCUCGAUCCUCAUGUUGAGCGCACCAAGUUUCGACCCAUCGCACGGCGGGCGCUGUCCCCGCGAAACGCAGUCCUCUUCACAGGGACUCAAUUACUCGCCGGCCUGGGUAUUCUGUUGCAAUUCCCUUCGCAAUGUCUCUGGUACGGGAUCCCCAGUCUGCCGUUGGUGGUCGCUUAUCCGCUCGCAAAGCGUGUGACCCAUUACCCUCAGGCCGUGUUGGGUCUGGCCUUUUCCUGGGGUGCGAUCAUGGGGUUUCCAGCGCUGGGAGUGGAUUUGCUUGCGAACCAGGAUGCGUUGAUGGCGGCGAGUGCUCUGUACACGAGUUGCAUUGCGUGGACAAUUUUAUAUGACAUGAUCUAUGCCCACAUGGACAUCAAGGAUGAUGUUGCCGCAGGGAUCAAGUCCAUUGCGCUGCGCCACGAGCAUAAUACCAAGGCGGUUUUGACCGGGUUGGCAACGGCUCAAGUUGGUCUACUGGCUGCGGCGGGUGUGGCCGCGGGUUGUGGUCCGGUAUUCUUCGUGGGGAGCUGUGGAAGUGCGGUUGCCACGUUGGGACUGAUGAUUUGGAAAGUUCAGCUGAAGAGCGUUCCUAAUUGUUGGUGGUGGUUUAAAAAUGGAUGCCUCUUGACUGGCGGGGGCAUUAGUCUAGGAUUGAUGGGUGAGUAUCUGGCGCAAUACUAUGGAUUGUAUGAGAAGGAGGAGCACUCGGAUAAAGUGGUUGUAUGA